AUGGAAGAAAUAGAAAAUAAUACAAACAAUAGCGAUAAUAUUAUUGAAUCUAAAUCAAUGGAAAUUGCAGAAAAUAAUACUGACAAUAGUGAUAAUAUUAAUAAUAAUAAUAUUAAUAAUAACAAUAUUAAUAAUAACGAUAAUGAUAACAAUGAAAAUAAUAGUAAUGACAAUAACACCAAUGUAGAUAUUAUAAGUGCAGAACAACAAUCAGAAAAACAAGAUGAAAAAUUAGAUAAUAUUAAUGAACCAAUGCAAGUUGAACAAGAUGUUUUAAGUAAAGAUGAAAUUAAAGAGACUACUGGUUUAGAAUCAAAUAAAACCGAAAUUUUAGAAGAACAAAAAGAAAUUGAAACCAACCCAUCCAAUGAAGAAAAUAACAUCAACAAGGAUAAGGAAUCUAUAAAUGAAAAUAAAGAAGAUGAAACUAAAAUCGAAGAAAAUAACAUCAACAAGGAUAAGGAAGCUAUAAAUGAAAUUAAAGAAAGUGCAAAUGAAAUUAAAGAAGAUGAAAACAAAAUCAAAGAUGAAAAUAAAAUACAAGAAAAUAAACCCAAAGAUGAUAGCGAUAGCGAUAGCAGCAGCAGUAGCAGCGACGAUAGCAGUAGUGAUAGUUCCGACGACAGCAGUAGUGAUAGUUCCGACGACGAUUUAGAUGAUAUCAUUUCAAAACCAAAACCAGCAAACAGUAAAAAUAAUAAUAAUAAUAAUAAUAAUAGAAAGAAAAGAAAAAAUGAAGAUGACGAAGACGAAAUUAAUGAUAAUAGUACCAGCAACUUACCAAAAGAGGAGCCAAUUAACAUCGAAAUUCAAGAAAACUCUCAAAUUUGUGAAUUGGGCGAAUUAAAAUCAAUUGUAGGUGAUAUCUUGGUUAUUAAAUCGUUAACCGAACAAUCAUCAGCAUUAGAUAUUGAUUCAAUCGUUUGUUUAGAAGAUAGAACACCAAUUGGUAGAAUUUAUGAAGUUUUUGGUCAAGUUUCGCAACCAAUGUAUUCAGUAAGAAUACCUUCUAAUUUAGAUAUUAAAUUAAUAAAUAAUAAUGAUAAUAAUAAUAAAGAAAAUAUAAAUGAAAUUAAUAAACCAGCUGAAGAACCCAAAGCUGAAAAAACAAUUGAAAAUGGUGAAACUGCAAUUCCAGAACAAGAAAGCACCAACUCAACUUCAACAGAAUCAACAGAAUCAACUGAAAAAGUAAAUGAAAAUAAUUCAGAGGAUAAACAAGAAGAAAAAAAGGAAAUUAUCGAAAAGAAAAAAAUUGAAAUUUUAUUGAGUUCAAAAAUUUAUUAUGUCAAUGCACCCGAAUUAUCAAAGUUUGUUAUUGCUUCACAAAUUUAUACUAAAGGAUUCGACGCUUCAAAUGAAUAUGACGAUGAAUUAAAUGAAAGCGAUAUGGAGUUCAGUGACGACGAAAAAGAAAGAGAACAUAAUGCAAGAAAGAAAAAAAAUAAUAAAAAAAGAAAACAAAAUAAUAACAAUAACAACAAUAAUAAUAUGAAUAAUAACAAUAGAAUGAAUAAUAUAAAUAGAAAUCAAAAUAUUCAAAAUAUUCAAAAUCAAGAUUUUAGUUUUGAUUAUACUCCACUUCAAAGAAAUCAAACAUUACCACAACCACAUCAAAAUAAUUUACCUCAAAAUAGUUUACCUCAAAAUAACUAUAGACAACAACCACAACAAAUGUAUAGACCUCAAAAUAAUUUUAGACCACAAGCAAACCAACAACUUCAUCAACAACAAAUUUACCAAUCAUAUCAAAAUUUAAUUCAGAUGUAUCAACAACAACAACCACCACAACAACAACAACAUCAAGUUCAACAACAAGUUCAACCACAUAUACAACCACCACAACCAUCAGAAAACCCAAAAUAA